ACGUACAAGGACAUUUUAAAGAAAAAUACUGCGUGGAAAGGUGUAUCUGAGAUCGCGGGGAUUUUAUGGACUCAUACAGACCGACAUUUGCAUUUUCGCCGCAGAUAAACAGCCGCUCUGGCAAACAGCACGCCUUGUUUCUCAUUCAUCUUUGAUAUAAAGCAUUUUAUGUACUGAUUCCAUUUAUAUUUAGUCUUUUCCCUACAAAAUGUUUGUUUUUAGUGGCAAGAAAAGAGAUUCGCUGUCAACAGCAAUGGAAUGACAUCCGUGAAUGUCAUUUAUAAACGUUACUAGGCAACCAGUAGUGGGAACACCCACUAGCGACUUCACCGCCAGCCACUGGCGACCUGCAUCGAUAAAGUCGCUGGCAGUGUGUACGUAGCUUAACGCCGGUUUCACACUGCAAGCGUUAGCAGCGCGUAAGCAGCGCAGGAGCAGUGCGUACGGUGAGCGGAAGCAGGCCACGCGCGUUUUGCUUUCAUAAUAUGGCAAGCCAAGAGGGUCAGAAAUACGCCAUAGAUUAAUCGCGUUUAAAGCCAAACUCCGUCAAAUACGGCGUUUUAAACCGUAUUGAACGCCGUAAAAUACGGCGUUGUAAUUACAAACGCCGUAAAAGACGCGCGAAAUACGUCAAUGACACCGUAUUUGACGCCGUUUUAGUGUACAUGGAAAGCGCCGCUUUUUACGCCGCUCAUCUCGCCAUAUGACGCCGUAAAAAACGCCGUUUUGGUUGCACAGAGCGCGCGUUAUUUUACGGCGUUUUGCUUGUAUUAUAAUGAGCCACGCCCACUGAUUUCCACAGCCACUAAGUUUGAACUGGUCUCUCCCAAUCAAUGAUGAACUGAGUCAGACCAGACCAAUUCAGCACGGAUCAUUUGUGAUAAUCCAAUGUUCCUAAGGAGUUAUCGACAUUAAAACAAGGAAAAUAAUCCAGUUCGCUAAAGAUGGACAGAAGAAGCUUCAUUUUGCGCUGCAAGCGAACAUUAAAUGACUGCUCUCGUCAGCUAACACAGGAUGCUGGACCCAAUGUUCAGUCAACUUUAGUGAGGCUGGAAACAAUGCAGAGAAGUUUUGAAUGGGCAAGAGGGAGGCUGAUCAUUGUGCCGGCAGCGGAUCGGUUACUCCGUGACAUAGCGGAAUAUAUUGCAGAAGUAAACGCACGUAGGCAACAUGAACAACAAGCCAGUUCCAGUUAUCAGGCUCCACUUACUUGUAGUGGAGGUAGAGGAGCGCCCCAUUACAGCAUCACUAGAGAGCAACUUUGUUUUCUGACCUCAUGUGGUUUUUCUCUUCGUUCGAUAGCUGAGAUUCUGCAAGUGUCUUUGGCUACAGUCAAACGACGCAUAAAGAAGUUCAAUUUGAAUCAGUCUGUGACAUAUUCUGAUGUAACUGAUGAUGCCCUCGAUGACAUGAUCAAAGAUAUUGUGGCUGGGAAUGACCAGCUUGGGUCUGAGGCUGUCAGGGCACAGUUACGGGCAGGUGGAGUACGGGUGCAAAGAGACAGAGUGAGAAGGAGUUUAGUGCGAAUCAACCCCAGUGCUGCAGCUCUAAGAGCAAUGUCACAAAGACCACAGAGGCGACUGUACAGUGUAGCUGGACCAAACUCCCUUUGGCACCUUGAUGGCAACCACAAAUUGAUAAGAUGGAGAAUUGUCAUUCAUGGAGGUAUAGAUGGCUACAGUCGCCUCAUAGUCUUUCUCCGUGCCUCAAACAACAACCGCAGCAGCACUGUAGUGGAUUGCUUUUUGAAUGCUGUGGCCAGAUAUGGAGUGCCUUCCAGGGUCAGAACAGAUCAUGGAGGUGAAAAUAAUUUUGUCUGUGUGAUGAUGAACAUUUUCAGGGGCUCAGACAGAGGCAGUGCUAUCAGAGGCAGGAGCACUCAUAACCAGCGUAUUGAGAGGCUCUGGGGUGACAUGUGGCGGGAUUGA